AUGGAGGCGAAGUGUGCAUCCAUUUGGACCGAGGAAUCUGAAAUGAUUGCUCACCUGCAGUCCAUGUUCUGGAGCAGCAAUGAUGCUGAUAACAACAUUUCCUCUCCCAACUCUAGCACUAGUUCUUGUGUCACAACUAGCACAAUGCCUAGUAGCUUGUUCCUUCCUGUCAUGGAAGAUGCGAGCUAUGGCGCCGCGCCAUUUGUGAACACUGCCAUGGAUUGGUGCUUGGAUCACCAAAGUCAGACCCUCACUCCAAGUUCUAAUGCUGUUACUGGCGACAAGAGGGUACUUGUCAUGGAUGAGCAAAGGAAGAAGAGUAAGAACACUAACAAGAAGCCCCGUACAGUUGCCCUGUUAUCUCAGGUAUCGAGGACCUUGAGUUCAAGUGCUCUUGAUGACGAGAUCAAUGCCGAGCUUGUCAAUCAGAGCAGUUCCUGGUGCUGCUGCUCUGAAGAUGACUCCAUUGGUGUGUGCGAGGAAUCUGCUGUUCGAAAACAAAGCAACAAUUCGAGCAGUGGUAGUCGGUCCUCAAAGCAUUCACAGAGCCUUUACGCAAAGAAGAGAAGAGAGAGGAUUAAUGAGAAAUUAAGAAUACUGCAGCAGCUAAUUCCUAAUGGCACCAAAGUUGACAUGAGCACUAUGCUGGAGGAGGCAGUUCAGUACGUCAAGUUUCUGCAGCUGCAGAUAAAGCUGUUGAGCUCUGACGAGACAUGGAUGUACGCCCCGCUUGCCUACAACGGUAUGGGCAUCGAUCUGAGUGCGAGUGCUGCUGCAUGCCAAUCAUGACUGUCUGAAACGAUUGGCUGAACUGAUCAUAAUCUCAGAGGGAUUUGAGCUGGAGCUGUGCUGCUGUUAAAUCAAACCCAUUACAUGGUGCAUCUGUUCUUAGAUCUGUAAUUAACUCUGACAUUCCAUUCUUCAGUUGCUCCUUGUAAGUAAGAGCAAGGAGUCAGUUAAUUUCAAAAUAAAGUUGGACCAAGGAUUUCCCUCGUAAUAUGACGAAAUAAUGUAUCAAAGAUACUUACAGUUUAUGAAGAUGAGAUA